CGACCGUCCGGCUGCCCUUUAAAGUAACGCGAUCAAUUCCAACGCAUACACCCAAGCGUUAUCUGAAUUCACUCUAAGAUAAGCAUUGAAAGACACUGAUCACUUAACUUCGAAAGGUUGACCAGUUUUUGUGAAACGGUUAUAUUGUGCUUAAGAAAGUCUCUUGCGCUUUCUGCAUAUCUUGUAGUCUAAACGGAUUUUUAAAUCAAAAUCCGCCCUCCUGUUGUGUAUAUGACUACUUUAUAUUCAAGGAUUUCCCCUUGCCCGCACUUUUUGCGAGAAAGGGAUAGUACUGCAUUACACUUCAGCCAGCAAGUAAACUGGGUUUAAUGGCCUCUGAUACUGGUUAUAAUUUAUAGACGGUUGAAGAAUGAUUUAUAAAACGGUCAGAACAAGCAUGAACGGAUUGCGUGAGCAUCAGUUUCAUUCAUGAUGGUUAAAAGGCAUGUGAGUGAGACCAUGAACUCCUAAAGCGGUCUUUAGUUGGUUCUGUUUUUUACGAAAGAUUGCACAUUGGCAGAAUAAACGAUGACAUUGUGAGGUUUUUCCCUUCAACGAAGAUACAGUUCGACCGAGCGCGUUUGUAAGUGGCCGGCGACCUGUCAAACGAAUCUUGCGUGUGAAAGGACCAGCCCCAACGAUGAAACCUUGGAAGAAAUGCUUGUUGCUCCUCACGGCCUUGUUUGUCUAUCUGUCUGUUGGCGCCUUCGUCAUGAUCCGGAUCGAGAACGAUGCGACCAGCCGCGCCCAGACGGAAUUCUUCGACAAGCUGGCUGUCUUCGUACAGGGCCACUACGCCUGCGGUGCGACCCCGGACCGAGUGCUAGCCUUACUAGAGAAGGCGGGUGUGGCUAGCUCCAGAGAGGCGUUCCAUUCUGCCUUGGCAAUUCCAGACAGCGAACUGGUCCCGGUGUGGUCCUGGCCGAACGCCAUUCUUUUUGCCUCCAGUGUUGUGACCACUAUAGGUUACGGGAGACAGGCACCCAAAACUCCCGGCGGGCAGAUUUUCUGCCUCUUCUUUGCGAUCCUGGGCAUACCGUUGUGUUACGCCAUGCUCUCCGUGGUUGGCGACACGUUCAACGAGCUCUGGAAGAAGUUCAUCCGAGGCUCGGACAGGUGCUUCAAGGCCAUCAGGUCCAAGAAAGCCCGUCGGGUACUGCUAGGUGUCCUGACCCUGACGGGGCUGUGGAUGCUACUCGCCCUUCUUCCGUCCGUCAUCUUCACCAAGACCGAACCCUGGGACUGGUGGCGGGCCCAGUACUUCUGCUUCGUCUCCCUCAGCACCAUCGGCUUCGGGGACUUGAUCUACGGCCAGGAAAGGGAAGGAGACUCUUACGUCUUGGACUGGAGCUACAAGAUGGGCAUCCUGGUCUACUUCUUCCUGGGCCUGAGCUUGAUCUCCAUCGUCUUUAAAGGGGUUUGGCACUCCCAGCGGAAGAACCUGCACCGGGCGCAUGCCAGAUUCCGCAGGACGCGCGGUCAGAAAUGCCGCAGCUACACCCUGAGGCCCAGCCCGCCCAGCGCCGCAAGGCACAUUCCCCCCGCGGAGUCUGCGAUUUCGAACCUUGCUCGAAGCUAUCACACGGAGUUUGGCCUGAUGGAUGCCUUUAGGAGAGACGCACAGGGACAGGGAGUGACUGGACUGUCGUACCGACUCACCGUUGAAGUGACACGUGAUGGGGAUUGUGACUCGGGCCAUGGCUCCGUUAAUAUUUCCAACUCAGAGUUUGAAACGAAGAUAUGAUCCUCGGAAUGGGAAACAGUUUGCAAACUUAUGAUGUUCCGACAGUUUCUUUAACUUGUCUAUUGGGAACUCUGCCCGUAUAGUGUAGGAUGGUAGCACUCAAAUUACCACACAACAAAAUUAGGGGGUUCGUGGGAGAAGCUCGUUAUAAGGUGAAAAAAAUUGGGCCGGUCAGAAAGUCAAUAGAGCAUGGAAAUGUCUUUCAUUUUGGUGAACAUUUUUAUCUCAAUGGGAUGCGCCAUUCCCACGUCAUUAAUAGCAUGAAAAAGACGGAAGGAGGUUUUUCAUCAUUUUCCCUGCUAAAAGGAUGUUAGCAUGUAAUAAUAAUACUAACGUCACAAAACAUGUUUCAAGUACGCUAACGGCCCAUUGAAAUGGGAGGUAAUGGAGUUCAAGUUUAUUCCUGGCAAAAGGAAAUGCCAUUUAAGGCAGACGGACCGAUAAAAGGUCGCAAGCAUAAAAAAAUGUGAUUAACUUCGAAAUUAAGUAAUACUUUGAAAUAAAAAUGUACAAGAAUGUUUCAAUUAUAGACAACCUUCAUGAGUCAAAA